AUGUCAAUUCCUGGGGAUUCUGGGUAUCCGCCUCGUGGUGUGAAUCUCGCUGAAAACCAAACACCUGAGAUGCUUGGUGCGGCCAUUACCUUGAUGGUCAUUGGAACCCUGGCGGUUCUCCUGCGCAUCUAUAUACGUGUCAAGACAUCUCAGACAAAUUUCGGUCUUGAUGAUCUUCUGAUCUUUGCUGCAUUGUUCUUCGCUUACGGCUCCGGUAUAUGUGUGAUCAUCAGUGUUCAGUAUAAAAAUGGAUGGCACCAACAAUCGCUCACCGAUUCCGAAUUCAUCGCGCUCUGGAAGCUGCUUUUCGCUCAUAUGUUCAUUUAUUCGACCACGGUCACUUUGACCAAAUCGUCCAUCAUGAUGUUCUACCGUCGCAUUUUCAACCUUCAUCGGUCCCUGUACUUCGCCAUGGCUAUCAUCUUGGGUUACUUCUUCGCCGUGGUCAUCACCAUUGCCGUUGCGUGUCGUCCAGUGUCCUAUUUCUGGCACCAAUAUACCGAUCCGAUGGUUGAAGGGAAGUGUAUAGACGUUCCUGAAUUCUUCUUCAUCAAUGGCAUUGCUGCCGUCUUGAUUGAUGUGAUGAUUCUGUGUGUCCCGGCUCCGGUUAUUUGGAAACUACAAAUGCCCAAGACGCAGCGGGUGGCUGUCACCAGUAUUUUGCUGCUCGGUAGCUUUGUCUGUGUCGCCGGUAUUGUGCGCGUUGUUUUCUUGCACAAACACAUACGCUCUAACGACCCGUCCUGGACUAUCGCCCCGGUAUUUGUCUGGUCCUGUGUUGAGCCUUUCAUUGGAAUUCUCUGUGCCUGUCUACCUACCUUUUCGCCGCUAUUUCGCCGCUGGUGGACCGCCCUGGGGAUUAAAAGGUCGGCCACCAAGAAGAAGGAUGGAUAUUACGAAACAGGAGGCUCUCAGAUCCAUGGCUCAAAGGAUUCUAUGUCUGAAGAUCAGGAGAAUGAGUCUCAAGGGGAUGAGGUUCAACUGACCAGCUUCCCCGGCUGGCCAUUGAACUUCUGGCGUGGGAAAAAUAGCAGGGAUGAUGUGAGAUCGUCGAACUCGAGGAUUCAGAUCAAAGAGGAUAUUACAGUCUCUUGGACCUGA